AUGGGGAAGUCAACUACGUUGGAGGCUUUGGUACGAUUUUGUGAUGCGGUUGAAACUCUGUACACUAGAGACUACCUACGUAGACCUACGCCCAGGGACCUCCAACGGCUUCUACAAAAAGCCGAAGCUCGAGGAUUUCCAGGAAUGGUUGGCAGCAUCGACUGCAUGCACUGGCAAUGGAAGAAUUGCCCAACUGCCUGGCAAGGUGAUUACGGAAAUAGAAAAGGCCAAAAAAGUAUCAUCCUUGAAGCCGUUGCUGGCUUCGACACAUGGGUUUGGCAUGCCUUCUUUGGAGUUCCUGGAUCCCAAAAUGACCUCAACGUGCUGGGUCAAUCCCCGGUCUUCAACGAUGUUUUGAGAGGCCAAGGCCCCAAUAUCACCUAUGAAGAUGAGUAUGAUUAUGAAGUUGAAGAGGUCUACGAAUCGGAUCCCAUGAACACGGCUUUGACACGAAUUUAUGAAAGGCCCAUGGGGCCAAGUGGAGAACCGUUUGAACCGGAGCCGUUGGUUAGAGAUGGUCGUUUCAUGACCCGUAUGAUAGAUCGAUAUCAAGAGAUGCAAUCUUCGUAUGUUCAUGAAAGGCGUCAACGUGACUUGAUGGCGCAUCUAUGGGCGGAUGAGUAUGAUUAUGAAGCUGAAGAGGUCUACGAAUCGGAUCCCAUGAACACGGCUUUGACACGAAUUUAUGAAAGGCCCAUGGGGCCAAGUGGAGAACCGUUUGAACCGGAGCCGUUGGUUAGAGAUGGUCGUUUCAUGACCCGUAUGAUAGAUCCAUAUCAAGAGAUGCAAUCUUCGUAUGUUCAUGAAAGGCGUCAACGUGACUUGAUGGCGCAUCUAUGGGCGGUGAUAGGCAAUCAAGAUGAAUGA